AUGCCCGGUCUGCUGAACCAGGCCACAGGGGCAACUCUGCCCCUCACGGCGUCUGAUGUCACCUCCUAUGUCAGCGGUUACGCCCUGGGUCUGACCGCCUCCCUGACCUACGGCAACCUAGAAGCCCAGCCCUUCCAGGGCAUCUUUGUGUACCCCCUGGAUGAGGGCACCACGGUGAUCGGGUUUGAGGCCUUCAUCGCAGACCGAGUGGUGACCGUGCAGAUCAGAGACAAAACCAAGCUGGAGAGCAGCCACACCACAGCCCCACGCCUGAGAGGCAGCUCCGUCACAGGAAAGGUGGAUUUGGAUGAGGACUUAGAGCGGAUCCUGUUUGUGGUCAACCUGGGGACCAUCGCCCCAAUGGAGAACAUCACCGUCUUCAUCAGCACCUCCUCAGAGCUGCCCACUCUGCCCAACGGGGCCGUGCGCAUCCUGCUACCCGCCAUCUGCACUCCAAAGGUGCCUCAGUUCUGCACUGAGCAUACCGGCCCCUCCAGUCACCAGGCUCAAGGCAAAGACAAGUGCCGCUUGGGCACCCGGAUGCCGGAGUCCUGGAACAAGCUGUUCAUGGCCUCUCUCCUGGACACAGACAUCUCCAACCCCAUGAAGUAUGAGUUCAACUUCCAGCUGGAGAUCCAUGAGCCCUGCCUGCUGGCAGGGGUCGAGAGCCCCACUCACAAGAUCCGAGCCGACGCCACCCCGUCCGCCUGCUCCGCCACGAGUGUCAUUGUCACCCUGGCCAACAAGCACACUUUCGACCGGCCCGUGGAGAUCCUCAUCUACCCCAGCGAGCCCCACACGCCUCAUGUCCUGAUGGAGAGGGGGGACAUGACACUGGGAGAGUUCACCAAGCACCUGAAGGGAAGAGGGGACUUCAUCCGCGGCCUGAGGAAGAACAGCAGUGCAGAGCGGAAGACAGAGCUCAUCCGGAAACGCCUUCACAAGGACAUUCCCCACCAUUCUGUCAUCAUGCUCAACUUCUGUCCUGACCUUGAGUCUGUCCAGUCCAACCUGAGGAGAACACACGGCGAGUUCAUCUUCCUCAUUGACAGGAGCAGCAGCAUGAGCGGGAGCAAUAUCCACCAUGUCAAGGAUGCCAUGCUGGUGGCUCUGAAGAGCCUCAUGCCAGCCUGUCUCUUCAAUGUCAUCGGCUUUGGAUCCACAUUUAACACCCUGUUCCCUUCCAGCCAGACAUAUAACGAGGAGAGCUUGGCCCUGGCCUGUGAGAGCAUCCAGAGGAUGCAAGCCGACCUGGGGGGCACCAACAUCCUCUCCCCGCUCCAGUGGGUCACCCGGCAGCCCGUGCACCGAGGCCACCCACGCCUGCUCUUCCUGAUCACAGACGGCGCCGUGAGCAACACAGGGAAGGUGCUGGAGCUGGUGCGAAACCACGCCUUCUCCACCAGGUGCUACAGCUUUGGAAUUGGGCCCCGUGUCUGCCACAGACUGGUGAGAGGACUGGCCACCGUGUCCAAGGGCAGCGCUGAGUUCUUGAAGGCAGGGGAGCGGCUGCAGCCCAAGAUGGUUAAGUCUCUGAAGAAGGCCAUGGCUCCGGUCCUCAGUGACGUGACUGUGGACUGGAUCUUCCCUGAGACCACCGAAGUCCUCAUCUCACCCAUCAGCACCAGCUCCCUCUUCCCUGGAGAACGGCUGGUGGGGUACGGCAUCGUGUGUGAUGUUUCCUCAUACUUCUCCAAUCCCCGAUCGGAGGAGGGGCCCAGCCCAGACAGUGGCGACUGCGCCCAGAGUGCAGGGACCCCCGUGAGCCUGUGGCGGGUCAGAGGCUCCAAGCCUUCCAGUGGAGACGCCGCCUUGAGUUCUGGUCUUGGCCUCUCCCAUCGGAGACGUGCCUAUAGCACCAACCACAUCACCAUCAACAAGCAGCCGUCAUGGGCCCCCAUAGCUAGCAUCCCCACCACGACUGCCCAGAAACAGCCCUUACGGACAACAAAGCUGCAAGACCUCACCAGCCUGACCAGCCUGGACACCCCAUGGUGGAAGGUUGAUUUUCAGCCUUUGCUGAAUAGUGGCCAGGACCCCAGCCAAGGCCUCAAGCUCCAGGGCCCUGGGGCCCGAAGACCUUCCCUACUGCCUCAAGGCUGCCAGCAUCUCCAGACCCAGGGCCAGGCGGUCCAGAACUGGAGGUCCAGGAUCCCCGAGCUGAGUGGAUCCCGCCCGAAGCCUGCCGCAGACAUUCACAGCCCUGGAGACAUGGGACCUGUGCACCCCUCCUUGGACUGCGAGCCCUCCUGGGACGGGCAGGCACAGGCUGAACCGGAGCAGAGUGGCCCCAGCAGGCCGGUGCGGGGCAAGGCGGUGGUCAGGGGCCUGCGGGACAGCCGACGCCUGCAGUGGGAGGUCAACUUCGAGCUGGGGCUGCCCGGGCCUGAGCCGGACAGUGCCCACCUGUGGGGCGAGACCUUCCACCACCUGGCCGCCCGUGCCAUCAUCCGCGACUUCGAGCAGCUGGCAGAGCGCGAGAGAGAGAUUGAGCAAGGCUCCAGCCGCCGUUACCAGCUGAACGCCGUGCACACCAGCAAGGCCUGCAACAUCAUCAGCAAGUACACUGCCUUCGUGCCUGUGGACAUGAGCAAGAGUCAGUACCUGCCCACUGUGGUGGGCUACCCCCACUCUGGGAAGGCAGGUGCUGCGUCUCGGUUGGGCAGCUCGCAGGUCCGGCCUCAGCAGUGGAGAAGUGUGCCCACCGGCUUCGGGCACUCACAGGCGGCACCUACGGUCGUCUCCACCGAAGGCAGAUUUCAGAAGCUAAGUACGAGCCUCCCUGGACAUGUUCUGAAGCUGGGCCGUGGAGAGGAGGAGAGCCCGGCAGCACCCUUCAGUGGGACCCAGUUCCCCACCUGUGAGAAGCCUCCUGCUGAAGGUUCCCUCUGCAGUCUGGCCAACUCCCUUUCUUCUCUGAAGGCCUCUGAGACUCUCUUUGGGUCCAGGCUGAAUCUCAACAAGUCCAGGCUACUGACGCGGGCAGCUAGGGGCUUCCUGGCCAAGCCGCUGAGCAGGGCUCCUGCGUCAUCCUCAGCUGCUCAGAGCUCCAACUACAUUCCCCUGGUGUCUCUGCAGCUGGCCUCAGGCGCCUUCCUGCUGAACCAAGACUUCUGCGAUGCCGUGUGCAUCCCUAUGGACAAGCUCAAGUGGACCUCGCCAUUCCCCUGCCACCGCCUGUCCCUCAUGGCCCGGCAGCCCCCGCCUGGAGCCCCCAGUUCCCAGAAGAGCGCAGUUCACACCCCCAGGCGCCUCUCCUGUGGAGUCUCCUCCCAGGAGCCUCUGGUGGAGGGCAAGCCUGGCUGGGAGACCAGAGCGGUGACGGAGCGCACCGGGGAGCUGUGGGCCACCGUAGUGGCACUGGCCUGGCUGGAGCACAGCUCUGCCUCCUCCUUUGUGGAGUGGGAGCUGGUGGCGGCCAAGGCCAGCUCCUGGCUGGAGCGGCAGGACGUGCCUGAGGGCCGCACGCGGGGAAGCCUCAGGGCGGCCGCCCGCCAGCUUUUUGUGCUCCUGCGGCACUGGGAGGAGAGCCUGGAGUUCGAUGUGCUGUGCUAUGACCCCAAUAACCUGUAGCGGGGCAGAGGGCGCUGGCGGGAGACGAGGGCGGCCCCACUCCUGCCCCCUGGUGCGGCACAAGGGAGGACGUUGUCACCAAUACACCAGUUCCUGGACAGCGCCCUGGACUGGCCACCUGGCGGACUGACUGUCCCAGCUCAGCUACCACCUGGCUUGGCAUCCUGAGGCCCAUCCCUGUGCCCACCCACCCCCCUCCCUCC